GCCCCCCCCCCCCGGGGUCUGGCUGGGAGGCUGGAGCGUCCCCCCGUGUGGAGCGGAGAGUCCCGCGUCAGCUCCUCCCUUCCCCCACGCGUCGGUGCCUUAGCGGGCGGCGGGCGUCUCGCUGCCGCGGGGGCCGAGGUCGGGGUCCUGGCUGCCCCUCGCCCGGAGCAGGCGGGUCCAGCCCCACACGUGGGAAUCCCUGCGCUGGGGAGAAGCCAGGACCCCGCCGUCUGUGCGCUUUCAAUUCAGUUGUAAUGAUUUGGCUUGUAAAAUAAAACACUUAAGAUGGAUUUUUAAAUACAAAUCCACAUUUUUAAUGUAAAACUCUUAUGUGGCUUGUUGCUGCUGGCCAAGACUUUUAAGAUGCAAAAAAAAUGUUGUAUCAGGAAUCUGCACUGUCUCCUGGGGCUUAAUAUUUGACCUAGACUGCAACUGCAGGGACUGAAAUCCAGCAAGACCCUCCAGAUCUUUGCGUUCCCUGGGCUACAAGGGUGCACAGAACCUUGCAAGUAAUGGAACAAGAACAGGAUCCUGUUACUCUAGAAGAUGCAAACAUUAAAGCUAUUAAAGAAGAGUUCCAGAAAGCCUUUAUGCUAGUCAAUAAAGGGCUGAAUACAGAUGAAUUGGGUCAAAAGGAAGAAGCAAGGAACUACUACAAGCAAGGACUUGACCACUUGCUUAGAGGAGUUAGCAUUCCAUCACAAGGUCCUGAAUGUACAGGAUCCCAGUGGGACUCUGCCAGACAAAUGCAGCAAAAGAUGCAAGAAACUUUACAAAAUGUUAGAACUCGACUGAAUAUUCUAGAACAAAAUACCCCUGCUAUGCAAACCAUCACAAUGAAUAUGCCUCAACAGGUGCCCAAGUUAUACCCAGUGAUACCCACUACUGAAAAGCCAGAAAGGCCCCCUGAGCCAAAUUCUCUGAUUCCACCAUCUGGGCCUCCUGCAGUGAAUGAAAAUGUUGCAACUACAAGCAAAGGGCAACUUCCAGCUAUGAGUCCUUCAUCUCCAAUAGCUCACUCUCUACCACAUGAAGCUCCUCCUGUGUAUACUCCUCAAGCUACUGAAGGACACUAUACUGUAUCUUAUGGUACAGACACAGGGGAAUUUUCAUCAGUUGGAGAGGACUACUAUUUAAAAUGCAAUCAGCCUCCUCCCAUUGAAAGUCUAGGAGUAGAUGCAGAUGAAUUGAUCCUGAUUCCCCAAGGAGUACAGAUAUUCUUUGUGACUCCUGAUGGGCAGGUUAGUGCUCCUUCAUACCCCGGAUACCUGCGCAUUGUGAAGUUCUUGGACACUGAUAGUGCAAUGGCCCAGAAUCGUCCCCCUGCAUUUCUUCAGGUUUGUGACUGGCUGUAUCCUCUUAUGUGCAAUCAAUCUCCUGUUCUGUGCUGUAAUACUGGAGUCUACAUGUUCCCUGAUGUGAUGUCGCAAGUGCCAGGAUCCCAUGUGGGAGUAGUCCUAUCUUCAGAACUCCCAGCGGCAGACAGAGAGCUUUUUGAAGAUUUGUUAAAACAGAUGUCUGACCUCAGAAUCCAGGUGCCAAAAUCUCAUGAGGGAGUAGGAUUAUCGACAGAAGUCGCAACAACUGACAGAGAACAUUAUGAGAAUAUGUUAAAACAGAUGUCUGACCUCAGAGUCCAGCCUUUAGAAGCUUCAAGUGAUGUGAUUAACCUGGCUCAGACUGUACGCAUCCAACCACAGCCUGAAGGAGAAGAGAGAGAGAAAGAGUUACCUGAGUGGAGUGAGAAAGUAGCCCAUGGAAUCUUGACAGGAGCAUCCUGGUUGAGUUGGAGUUUGGUCAAGGGAGCAGAAUAUACUGGCAAAGCAAUACACAAAGGAGCUUCCAAAUUGCGAGAACACAUUCAACCAGAAGAAAAACCUUUGGAAGUAAAUCCAACUGUAGCAAAGGGGCUUCAUGUAGCAAAACAAGCUACUGGAGGAGCUGUAAAAGUCAGCCGAUUUUUAGUUGAUGGAGUGUGUUCAAUAGCAAGCACUGUUGGAAAAGAGUUAGCCCCACAUGUGAAGAAGCAUGGGAGCAAAUUGGUUCCAGACUCCCUUAAGAAAGACAAAGAUGGAAAAUCCACUUUUGAUGGUGCCAUGGUUGUAGCAGCAAGUGGAGUUCAAGGGUUUUCAACAGUAUGGCAAGGUUUGGAAUGUGCAGCAAAAUGCAUUGCUAAAAGUGUUUCAACCGAGACUGUUCACACUGUGAAGCACAAGUAUGGGGAUGAUGCAGGCCAUGCUACAGACAAUGCUAUGAAUUCUGCAAUCAAUGUUGGUGUGACAGCAUUUAAUAUUGACAACAUCGGUGUCAAAGCUAUAGUGAAGAAAACUGCUAAAGAGACUGGUUAUGCUGUGCUGGAUGAAUAUAAAGUACUAGAAAAGAAGGAGAAAAAAGAUGGAAGAUAACUUCCCAGAACCUUAAAUGUUAACUCACACUAUGGAUAUAACUUAAUGGGAUAAAGUAGUGGGAUAAUGCUUA